AUGUCGAAAACUCUCGGAACCUUUCGAGCUGUAUACCUCGUAGCUCUUUGCUGCGUGGGCUCCUUUUUAUUUGCAUACGACACCGGCAUCAUCGGCGGUAUUCUCACCUUUGAGGGCUUCCAAACCGACUUUCGAUAUGGUCCCUCUCAGAAAGCAACUGUCGGCUCCAACUCGACCAGUCUUUUGCAGGCAGGCGCCUUCUUCUCGUGCUUCUUCAUCUGGCCCUUCACGGCAAAGUAUGGGCGCAGAUGGUCGAUCAUUCUCGCCUCAGUGAUCUUCUGCGCCGGUGCCAUCGUCCAAACGAUCAACACGCACUCCCUGGCCGCCUUCUACGUCGCUCGCGUUAUUAGUGGUGUUGGCGUUGGCAUGGCCACCGUCGUCAUCCCUAUGUACUCAGCCGAGAUGGCACCCAAGAAUAUCCGUGGCAUGCUCGGCAGCAUGUUCCAGUUCUUCUUCACCAUGGGCGUGAUGACGAGUUACUGGAUCGACUACGGCGUGAGCAAGCACCUCAAGCCGUCGACUCUGCAGUGGCAGAUCCCGGUUGGUUUACAACUGGUCCCCGGUGCCAUCCUAGGACUUGGUAUGCUUCUCUGCAAAGAGAGUGUGCGCUGGUUGGCCAAGACCGGACGGAGAGAUGAGGCCUUGGAAUCUCUAGUUUGGGUACGCGGUGGUGAAAAUAAAACUGAUGUCCAGGAAGAGUUUGCCGAGAUUAUUGCCAGCAUUGAAGAGGAACAGGGCCAAAAAGAAGGUCUUACUUGGAGAGAGCUGGUUGAACCAACCAACCGUUACCGCAUCAUUCUCAUCAUCUCUCUGCAGAUUGGUCCGUCUCCUCCGAGCCCUCUCCACGAUACAUCCGAUUAUCGUUUCCGUAAGCUAACUCUAGCAUCAGGUGUGCAACUCACUGGUAACACCUCUUUGGCCUAUUAUGCUCCUCAAGUCUUCGCAGCCGUCGGCGCCGGACAGGAUAAUCUCUUGAUUACAGGCUUCUUCGGCUUGGUCAAAGUCGUGUCUUGUCUCUUCUACCUCCUGUUUCUAGUCGAGCGUAUGGGACGCCGCGGUUCUCUCUUGGCUGGAGCCUUUUUAAUGGGCGCUUACAUGCUCAUCAUUGCCUGCUUGACGGCUACCAACCCACCAAAGUCUGUCGAUCAAGGCCUGACGUCCACAGCCAUUGCAUCCAUGACUAUGAUCUAUCUAGAAGCCAUGUCUUACAACAUUUCAUGGGGCCCAGCACCAUGGGUCUACAUGGGGGAGAUAUUUCCCUCGCGCAUUCGUGAGGCUGGCAUUGCAAUUGGAACGUCGACGCAAUGGCUUUUCAACUUUGUGUUCUCUCAGGCGACCCCUCAUGCCGUCCAAAAUCUUGGUUGGAGAACGUUUUUGAUGUUCUGCAUCUUCAAUUGGGCCCUUGUAGUCUUCGUUUGGUUUUUUAUUAAAGAAACCAAAGGAAAGUCUCUCGAGGAAAUGGAUAUUUUAUUCUCCGGGGGGAAAUCUGGGAAUGACAGUGAGAAUGCCCCUUAUGACAAACGUGAGAAAGCAAAUGUAUCGCCUAUUCCUCGGAACAUUGGACGAGACAACUAA